UCAAUGGUACACACUACACACUGUACUCUGCGUAGAGUGGAGGUAGCACAUAUCAGACACCUCAGCCUCUGCAGCUGCAUGUCUCUUCAGACUUAAGAGGUAAGAAUAAGAUAGGAGUAUUCAAAGGUAAAGUGAAUCCCAUCCAAAGCACCACAGAACCAAAAACCAAAACCAAAUUCCAAACCCUUUUUGAGCAAAAAGCAAUAGAAAUCAAAGAAUCAAAAACAAGACCCCCAAAUCUUUCCCACAGUUCCAACCACAAGAACUACUUCUCAAAAACCUGCCAUGAUUUGAUCCCUCAACUCCACCCCAAAUGGGUUUUUCCUCAAAACCCUUUUCUCUUUUCCUUUAUUCUCUGAUUUUCCUUACCAAUUUGGAGCUUAUCCCACUUGCCAAAUCUGUUUCUAAUACAGAUUUAGUUUACAAGGGGUGUGCAAAGCAAGCCUUUUCAGAUCCAACUGGGGUUUACUCACAAACACUCUCAGCUCUCUUUAAUUCCCUUGUUUCACAGUCUUCAAAGGCCAGGUACUUCAAUACCACCUCUGGUACUGGCCAAACCACCAUCUCUGGUCUCUUCCAAUGCAGAGGAGACCUUAACAAUGCUGAGUGUUACAACUGUGUCAACAAACUGCCCCAAAUGGCUAACAGUCUCUGUGGCAAAACUGUAGCCGCUAGAGUCCAGCUCCUUGGCUGUUACCUUCUAUAUGAGGUUUCUGGGUUUGCUCAGAUUUCAGGGUAUGAAAUGCUCUACAAGACUUGUGGCUCAACCAACGUGGCUGGAGUUGGGUUUCAGGAGAGGAGGGACUCAGCUUUUACUGUGUUGGAAAAUGGGGUUGUCAGUGGCCAUGGCUUUUACACCACGAGCUAUCAAGAUGUGUAUAUGUUGGCUCAGUGUGAGGGGGAUUUGGGGGACACAGAUUGUGGGGAUUGUGUGAAGAGUUCUGUGCAGAGAGCUCAGGUUGAAUGUGGGAGCUCUAUUUCAGGCCAAGUCUAUCUGCAUAAGUGCUUUAUUAGUUAUAAUUACUAUCCAAAUGGGGUUCCUAGGAGAUCUUCUUCAUCCUCCUCAUCUUCCUCUUCAUCUUCAUCUUCAUCAGGGACAGGUGGAAAUACUGGAAAGACAGUGGCUAUAAUAUUAGGAGGGGCGGCAGGAGUUGGGUUUCUAGUUAUUUGCUUAUUAUUUACUAGAAAUUUGAUGAAGAAACGUGAUGAUGAUUUUUGAUAGGAGAAAGAUGAGCUUCAAUAGAAGCAAAAGUUCAUUUGAGAUGAUGAUGAUUAAUUGAUCAUUGAUGCUCCUCCUCCUUCAGAUUUCAGAGCUCCCUGCAUAUGAUGACAAUGGAUUUCACGCGGAAACACAAUUGGACAGACAGUUGUAUUGUAUACCAUGGCUUUUAUGGAUGUAGCAGUAGCAAUGAUUGGUCAAAGCUGUUAACGUGCACUAUUUCAGAAUGCCGCUAUGGGUCAAAUAUUCAAGCUGUGUACACACUCUAAGUUAGCUGUAUACACUACACAAGUACAAAAACAAUACAAUACAGUUCAUGCUGAAUCAACUCCUACGUACACAAAAUAUAUGUGGAUCCCAUUCUGUUCA